AUGUCAUUUCCUGUGGAUAUAUUGAACAACUGCACUCAUGAAGAUGUGGAGAUCUCAGGAUGGAGCUGUGUGGCUGAACUUGAGCGUGGGAAUCCAGACAAUCCUGAAUUCUUCCCUCUGCCAAACCAAACCCAAGUUCCUAUUAGAUUGUCAUCUGUGAGCUUUGUUCCACUUUAUGGUGAAGAUGAGACAUACAAAGUUCUUGCUUUGUUUACACCACAGGAUCCCUUCACAGCUGCAGCUCUAUAUCUUGCUGGCCAGUGGUGGUCAAUUGAUGAAAUUGUGAGAACAUCUGUCCUGACUAGGCAGGGGAUUUGUCAGGUAAACUCUGUUGGAGAGAGGAUUGUUCUCUAUGUUCUCAAUCGGAUUAUCUACCGGACACAAGAAAUGGAACAACAUGAGGUUCCAUUCCUCUGUCAUGCUAGCAAUGCCUACGCUAAGAUUUUGUGGGAAGGAGGAGAAGCUGUUGGGUUCUAUUCUGUUAAACCUAAAGGAAGUCCUUAUUAUGCUUGUCUUGAUCAGAAAUACUGUAUGACAGUGCUAGACACAAUCUUUAUAAGAAAACAACAUCGUGACAAAGACUCUGGACUGCUCAUGUUGAAAGACUUUGUGGAUUCAUUUAAUGAAAAUAGUCUUGGCCUACAAUACCCACUGUCGGCCUUCAUGCACACAGUUUGUAAGCAAUAUUUUGAGAAGUACCCUGCGGAUUGUAACCUUUUGUGGGAAGUAGAAGGAGUAGGACGUUGGUUCCAGAGGAAAUCUAUUAUCUCUCUAUUGCAAAAUGAAGAGACUUCACAUGACAAAAACGUGAGUGGACAAGCAGUGGAUCAUUCUCAGUGGUCUGCAGCGGUAGCUGGAACAAGUGGACAGAAUGCUGAGCUAGAAGCAAUGCAAAAUACUGGCUCUCAAAAAGCUAAAGAAUCGGUAGAUAUCCACACAAGCACUUAUCAAGACCCUAACAUAAGUCCAGUUUCCUCUUGGUCACGAAGCAGUUAUUUAAAACAUGCCAGGAUCGGAAAAUAUAGCCAGGAAUCUCAAAGUGAGACUUCCCAAGGAGAUGACGAAAAUACUCUCCGCGUGUCAAAAAGCAGGCUGGAAUUUCUUGCUCAAGCAUCUAGAAACUUAGAAGCCAUAGUAGAAAUAUCUAAGGAGAGCACUGUUGAGAACGAUGAGAAAACGACUGAGAGCCAGCCUGUGUCAGAAGCGGAGCUACCUGUAUCAUCCUCUGAGAAAGGGAGUGAGGAGGAAACUCCAUCAGAACCUUUUAAUGGUGAGGUAACAGAAGAAACUAGUAAGACCUUACUUGCAGAUGAAGUGGAAACAGCAAAUGAAGCUCUAAGUGGUGAAUCAAAAUUGCAACCUGAGAAUCAAGAAGAACCCUUAAUGCUGUUUGUCCCAUUAAUCCUUGAAUCUCAGGCAAAACCAUCAGAAGACACUGUAUCAGAGAAGGUUUUAAAGGCAAAUGAUUCAGAAGUGCUGACUGAAGAAGGUAAGUUAGUGGAGAAGGAGGGCACUGAAGAACACCAAGAAUCCAGAAAGACCGCUACUGAAAAUGCAGCUGCUUCAGGGUCGAAGGAAGAGCUCUCUGACAAUGGCCUGCCCAACUCUAUGGUAACUGAAGCAGCAGAAGAAUCUGCUUCUGAAAACGUAUCACCCAAAACGGCUUCAUCAUUAGAAGAUCAGAAUGAGGAAGCAGGUUACAACUCACAGGAGGCCCCUGGUGCCUUAAGUCAGAGCUCUUUGAUAAUGGUUGAAGUCGAGGGUGUUUCUUUUCAGCAGCCUUCUGGACAGGAAGGACAGAAGAACCAGUUGGAAGAGCACUCAGAGGAGUCUGCAGAGCAGGUGGAUCAGUACAUGCAGACAGUAGCAGAGAGGGCUGCUGACAGCAGCUCUGAGGAAGCGGAAAUUGAGGUACCCAUUGUAGAUCGGAGAAACUUGCGAAGAAAGGCCAAAGGCUACAAAGGUCCACCUAAGAAAAAAGGAAAGCCAUCUUAA